UUGUUUGAUUGAUGAGUAUAAAUAAAUAAAAUAAACAGAUCCCCGAUACACCACACCGCCGUUCCAUUCUUCCCGUUUCUCUACAUACCUGAUACCUACCUACCACUUGUUGAGUCCUGACGAUCGAUGAUGGCGGCGGCCAACUCCAGCACUUUCUCCGGCGACGUGUGGGCGGAACUCCGCCUGACGGACGCCCGCGACGUGCCGCACAUCCACCGCCUCAUAUACCAGAUGGCCGAGUUCCAUCUCCUCACCGACGUCUUCGCCGCCACCCAAGAGCUCCUCACCUCCACGCUCUUCCCCUCGCCGACGCCGACGCCGCCCUUCACCUCCCUCACGGCCCUCAUCCUCGACGUAUCCCGCUACCCGCUCGUCCCGGACUCCUCCACCACCAUCGCCUCCCGCCGCCUCGACCUCUCCGCGUUCCCCCCGCUCGAGGACCCGGAGGCCGCCGCCGGCUUCGCCUCCCCGCGCGGCGGCGGGCGCGUCACGGCCGGGUUCGUCAUCUGCUUCCCCAACUACUCCGCCAUGCUCUCCAAACCCGGGCUCUAUAUGGAGGACAUCUUCGUGCGCGCCCCCUGGCGCCGCCGCGGGCUCGGCCGGACCAUGUUUUCUGCCAUCGCCGGCAAGGCGGCCGAGCUCGGGAUGGGGCGGGUCGAGUGGUGCGUGAUGGACCGGAACAAGAACGCCAUCGACUUCUACGAGGGGAUGGGCGCCGAUGUGCUCCCGCAGUGGCGCAUCUGCCGGCUCGCCGGCGCAGCGCUCGACAAGUACAGGAGCAGCCACAGCAAGGAGGAGGAGGAGGAGGAGGAGGCGGCUGCUGCAGAGUAGGAGCCGGAUAUUGCUUCUUGACAGUGCCAAUAAUUAAUGAAGGUGGUGGAUUUUUGCUUCCGCUGCUUACCGCGCCCAUGCAUGCAUGGUCUACGUACAUACGAUUAGUGCAUCUGAUCAGCUCAUCAGGGCGCGCGAUCGGGGCAAUUGGGACUUGUUGUGGUACAAACCUUGGUGCAUCGAUCAUUCUCUUAUGCUAAAUUAUCUUCUGAUUUGAUGCAAGUGUGUCUUUAUGAUUAGCCAUUUCAGCCUCAACAUGCAUCUUUAGGGCCGCGCUUGAAAUGAAUCACUGCUUGACCAAGGGAAAUUCCA